CAUGAAAGUUCGGCUGUUGAUUAUUGAAUCAGAAUCACGGCCGAAGCGGACUACCGGAGAUCAAUUUAAAAUUUGUAACAUUUAAAAUUUACAUUUCGCUAAUGUAAUCAAACUGGGGAAUUCUGUAUAGAAUCCUCCUAAUCCUAUGGAAUAAAGUCAAUCAUAUGUUUAGAUAACAAAUUGAAUUGCUAAUAGGGCAAGUCGACAAGUUUUUCUUUUUGAUGUUGUUCGAAUCCUUAUCGAAAACUGGUGAGACUUUGACCCUUUGAUUUUAGUUUUUUGUAAAUAAGAUAACAAGGAAAGAAUUAAUUUUCCUCUGUUGGAUUGAGAAUAUUCACUUAGAAUAAUGGAAGAAAAAAAACAGAUAUGUGUACUGGGAGCUGGAAUCGUAGGGAUGACCACUGCUUUUAUGAUGAAAGAGAAGCAUACCAAAUGGGAUGUCACGAUCAUAGCAGAUAAAUUUGAACAAGACACUUUAAGUGACAUUGCUGCAGGCAUAUUCAGACCAUCAACAAGUUUUAAAGGACCCACAUCAGAAAUAACAAAGCAAUGGCUUGUGGAUGCCUACCAUCAUUAUAAAAAAAUACAAAUCACCAAAGAAACUGCUGAAGCUGGUGUACAAGAAGUGUCUGGUUAUGUACUCUCUUCAAAGUUCCCUGAAGUAACAAAGAAUCAAUUUUUGGAAGACCUUCUACCUGUGUACCGUCGUGCCAAUGAGCUUGAACUUAAAAUCUGUCCAGGAGACUGGAAAUAUGGAGCAUUCUUUACCACCCUUGUGAUUGAAAGUCGUUAUCAUUUGCCUUGGCUUAGAAAUAAGUUUGAGAGGCUUGGUGGAAAAAUCGUUAAAAAAACCAUCAAUAGUUUCCAGGAUGUCGAAGACUAUGACCUAGUAAUAAAUUGCACUGGAUUCGGAGCUAAAAAAUUAUGUGUAGACCACGAUCUGGUACCGAUACGAGGACAGGUUUUCAAAGUAAAAGCUCCAUGGGUGAAGAUGUUUUUCUACGGAGACUAUGAUACAUACAUAAUUCCUGGUAUUGAGUACGUUACAUUGGGAGGUUGCCGUCAAUUCGAUAGCUUUAAGGAAGAAGUUGACAAGUACGAUUCUGCCUCUAUAUGGGAACGCUGUACAGAGCUUUUACCCAAUCUAAAGAGCGCUGAAGUUAUAAGAGAGGUUGCAGGACUUAGGCCACAUAGGACACCAGUACGAGUUGAAAAAGACGUAUUUAUCACCUCUAGUGGGAAGCGUCUUGAUAUCGUUCAUCACUAUGGACAUGGCGGAUAUGGAGUUACAACGGCACCUGGCACGGCUAAAUACGCUGUUCAAUUGGCGGAAGAAGUUCUGAGUGGCAUUAGAUCCAAUAUCCAUUCCAAGCUUUAAAGAACUGCAUAGUAAAUCUUAAUUUUAAGGUGCUAUGAAUCUUUUAUUGUUCAAUUGUUAGAAUUGUCUAAUAUUCAAUGGUUAGAUGUGUUUAAUAUACAGUGGGUACCGAAAGUAUCCGUACGGCUGA